AUGCAUGACCUGGAUCCAGAAAAAGACAACCAUACGCCAGAAUUGUACGCUGUGUGGAACUCAAAACCUUGGUUUCAGACCGUGUCAGAAACUAAUCCGUUCAAUUCGACGUAUUUUUAUUGGAUGGACAUUGGCUCUGUGAGGCAGCCAGGAAUUGUGUUGACCAACUUUCCAAGUCUUGAAAAAUCCCUCCAAGUUUUCGGAGCGGAUGAACGGUCGCCGAAUUACCAUAAACUAAAUAUUUUCGCCGUUCAAAAACUUCCCAACUUUAAACCACCCCCCGACCACAACACAUUUGAUGAACUGGGAAAGGUCAACUUUGUUGAGGGCGGGUUCUUCGGCGGAACGGCGGCCUCCAUUAACUGGUUCAGUAGGACGUUCUACGCACUCCAUGACUAUCAACUGGCCAAGGGCGAGUUUGUCGGGAAAGAUCAAACGCUGUACAACUGGAUGGCGACGAAAUACCCGAACCGAUUUCGGGUAGUUUGUGACUGCAUGCAAGUCCCACGGGACUGUGGCGAUAGGUGGUUCUAUUUCCAGAAAUGGUAUGCCGAAGAAGACGAGUCAAACGAGCAAUGUCGAAAUGCUACGGUGGAGAAUAUGAGGGAUUUCUUAUUGAUGGAUUAA